ACAAAUGUAAAUAUAAACAUACGAACAAGGAAGGUUUGGUGCAGAGUAGAGGUCUAAGCUUAUAUAGGCCUAUUUGAUUUUGUUGGGCGCUCAGUUUGAAUCACUUAAGUGUUUAUUAACUGACUUAGAUGUAAAAACACAUACACAAGUAGAUCUAGUAAGGUCACUGGAACCGAUUAAUGCUGAUAUGUCGGGGGUUCUUAACAUUGUAUCGCUUCUGGUUUUGUGUUCGUGUGUAGGAUUGAUAUGUUGCGUUAAGUACACACCAGACUGGGCAUCACUGGACUCCAGACCCCUGCCAUCAUGGUACGACGAAUCAAAGAUCGGCAUCUUCAUCCACUGGGGCGUAUUUUCUGUACCCGCCUUUGCCAACGAAUGGUUCUGGUACGACUGGAAGACCUUCAAGAAUCCGUCCGUUAUAAAUUUCAUGAAGAAGAAUUACCCACCUGAUUUUACCUAUGCUGAUUUUGCACCAAAAUUUACAGCCGAAUUUUACAAUCCGGAUGAAUGGACAGACAUCUUCAGAGCCUCUGGUGCGAAAUAUGUAGUUCUGGUCUCCAAGCACCACGAAGGUUUUACCAACUGGCCUUCCAAGGUCUCGUGGAACUGGAACUCCAUGGAUGUUGGACCUAAACGGGACCUUGUUGGUGAACUUGCCGUAGCUGUGAAGAAGAAGCCAGGUCUGCACUUCGGAGUUUACCAUUCCUUGUUUGAGUUCUAUAACCCACUAUACCUCCAGGACAAAGCCAAUGGAUUUAAGUCACAAGACUUUGUCAGGGACAAAACCAUGCCAGAAAUGUAUGAGCUGGUCAAGGAAUACAAACCUGAGAUUAUCUGGUCAGACGGAGAUUGGGAGGCAAAAGAUACCUACUGGAAUUCUACAGAAUUCAUCGCCUGGCUGUACAAUGAAAGCCCAGUGAAGGAUACAGUGUUGGUAAAUGACCGAUGGGGUAGUAAUACCAGGUGUGCCCAUGGUGGAUUUUGGAACUGUCAUGACAAGUACAAUCCAGGGGUUCUCCAAAAGCACAAGUGGGAGAAUGCUAUGACACUAGACAGGGGAUCUUGGGGAUAUCGGCGAAAUUCUCCUCUGAGUAGCUACCUUACCAUGGAUGAAGUGGUAGAGACCAUUGCUUCAACUGUUAGUUGUGGUGGCAAUGUUCUGAUCAACAUUGGCCCGACCCAUGAUGGGCGGGUGAUUCCUAUUUUUGAGGAGCGACUCAGACAGAUGGGACAAUGGCUGGAUGUUAAUGGUGAGGCUAUCUACGCCACCAAACCCUGGACACACCAGAAUGAUACUAUCACAUCAGGUGUCUGGUACACUUCCAAGAAAACAGUCAAUGGGACAGAUGUAUAUGCUAUAGUGUUGGAUUGGCCGAAGAAUAAUGAGCUCACCUUAGGGUCACCUGAUGUGACUGCUGACACAGUCGUGCAUCUAGUCGGGUACUCUGGCGAACUGAGUUGGAUGCGAGGAGCCAAAUCUGGAGUCGUAGUACAGAUCCCAGAUAUUCCGUUCAACAAAAUGCCAUGUCAGUGGGCUUGGGUCUUCAAAUUUUCCAAUCUUCAAUUUUAGAAUUAAUUUUUGUGCUGAUGACAGUUUCAACUUUUACUUAUUUUGGUAUGGUUUAAAGGAAAUUUAUAGGGAGAAAUGAAGUUAACAUUUUAUUACGAAAAAAAAUUAUGGCUAAUUUCAAAGUAAUUGCAAAUGAAUUUAUCUUUGAGUUUCUAAAAUCUGUAGCAUGUCUUGCUUAACAUUUAAAAAGUUUAAAGCCAUCACCAAAGGCAAAGAGGAGUUAUUUUUUCACUUUUUUAUACCUUAAUUGAAUACAAAUCAUUUAAAGAAAAUAUGGGGGCUAGGUGCAUACUUUUCGGAAUAAAAAAUGAAGUCGUUCAGAUAGAACAACUAUAUACAAAAAUGUAUAUACUUUAGAAUAAGCAGAAAGUACUCCUUUCAGGACAUAUCACACUAUAUUGACUUAGAUAAAUCAUGACGUCAUAAAGACUCAAUAAUUACCUCCACUUAUGAAACAUUCAAAACUUCAAAGUGCAAAUGAUUGCAUUGAUUUUUUUCCGUCUCUAUCAAAUUUGUAUUGCUUUAAAAUUAAAAAUUAAGCAUCGGACGAUAAAUGUAACAACUCUUCGUUAAAUCUUUUCGGAAAUUUAUACCAUAUUUCUUAGCAAACAUGAUUAAGAUUUAUUAAAGAUAAUAGUGUAGAGGUAAACUUUUGGUUAUCAAAAGAAAAUCCCUUAUGGUAGAAUGACAAUCUGUUUAUUAAAGUUAAAAGUGAUAAUGCUGAUCAAAUUGAGGGUUAUUGCAUAUUAUUUUGCAUGUCUAAUGACGUCACAGCAAUGAAAUUAUCUCCACUUGUAAAUAAUCUCAUCAUUUAAAGAAAUGCGAGUAUAUAAAUGAUUUCCAUGUGUUUUGCAUGUUGUUUCUAUAAUAUAUAAUUUCAAACCUACUACACAUAUAUAAAGUAACUGCAAUUCAGGGCAGUUAUUCAUCAUGCUUUUGUCAUUUUAGCAUAAUGAUUGACCUUUGGGGGCACACAUGUAGCAAGGAAAUGGGGGCUAAACGUAUUUUUUUAUACAAGUCUAUUGCAGGUCAACAAUAUAUUUGUAUGUGCAUUUACACAGUUAUAUUUAGUGUCUGUUAAGUAGAGUAGAGAGAGGUGUGGUGCUUCUGACAGUCAUCUUGAUUAAUACGUGGGUGUCCACUAGGUACACAUAUUAUGGAUACACUAAUACUGUAGGAGAGUAAAGGUAAUGUGAUUCUUCUUAUUAUACAAUCACUACUGAUCUUAACAUUCCAGUAACUUUAUGUUCUUUGUAUACAAUCAAAUUAAUCUUAACAUUCCAGUAACUCUUGUAUGAGUGGGUAAGAGUAAAGAGCUCCAUAUUCCAGUAAUUGUGAUGGGCUUGUGGAGUUGUGUUAGAUCAUCUAAGGGUUGGUUUAAUGAAAGUUAUAUGGAUUGUAUCAACAUUUUCAUUCAAUAUUUUAUACUUUUGCAAACAUGGCAUGCACAUUAUAUCUUUAUUGUAGUGACUAUGUGAACGAAACUCUAUUAUCGUGACUAUAUCGGCAAAACUACAACAAACUUUGAGUGACAGAAUGAUUAGCAUAUACAUGGACAUGUAUUAGUCAAUCUUGACACUAAACUGAUGAUUGACAGAACGAGUUAAAAUGAUCAUAUAAUGUUGACAAAUAUUGACCAAAAUUUGCACUAAAAAUGACAACUCGUUUAAUUUGAACACUGUGAUAACUAAGUUUUCUCAAGGUUCCGUUGAGUACAAGUUAAAGAUGUUCCACUUUAUACAGUUAUGCUGUACUUUUAUACAGUUCUUUAUUUGAGGAUUUGAUGUGCGAUAUCGUAUAUUAGACGGUGAAGAAACUUCUUUAUUAAUGCAUUGUUUUUGUUUUAAUGGAAAUUUAUAUAUAUUUUCAAGAUUUUUUCAUUUUUUAAAAACAUUUUUACAGCUUUUACAGCUUAUAAUUAUUUCUAUAUGAAUGAGUUAGAAAUCCAGGACAUGUUUUCCUUGGUAGCAGGAAUCUCACUAUGUGAUAUGAAAUUAGUUUUGCGGUAAAAUAUGUAUAAAGGUAUACAUGUAUACAACAAUGUAUAAUGUUUUAUUUCACCUUGAAAUUGUCUGCGUGGGAUGACAUCUAUCCAACAUGAACAUUUUCUUCUAAUAAAGCAUUGAUACAUUGCUUGUAUAAUGCUUGGUAUUUUGCUCAGUAAUAUGAUUUGCCAGUGAGUGAUUUAAAGCUAGGUAACCUGAGUAUAACACAGUAUCCAAGGUCUCAUUAUAUAUAUAUAAUAACUGAUAAAAACAGAAUCAUGUUUAUUUUUAAAAAAUGUGUUUACAUGUCUAGAUCAUAAUGUAAAGCUGUACCUUUGAUAUAACAUUUUUGUUUGUUAAUAAAAUAAAUGACCUUUACCUGCUUUGUUAGUCCCUGGAGUGGAAAAAUGUUAUCUAUAUCUGUUAAUUUAUCAAUAUAUGUCCACAUAUGUAGUCUGGUUGUGACAACAUUUAAGAAUAUGUGUGAUGCAUACUCAUUGGCCACCUUGUCUCUAUACCUAUACAGGUAUAUUGUUAUACCUGGUACAAUUAUAAUAACAAGUGAUGCUCAAAUUUUAACUUUUGAAGAGUCAUUUGAAACAAUCAUAUACUACAAAGUUUGGAAUCUAGAGAAAUUAUAUACAUUUAGUUGGAGAAUCUCUUUCAUUUUUAAGAGCUAUGAUCUGGUAAGACUCCCAAGAAUGUAGAAUUCCACCAGCUUUAUUAGUCUGUGGGCUAGUGAAAAAUUCCUGUUAUCAAUCUGCAUAAGCUAAUCUAUUUCUGCAUUAAAAGUCGGCCAGUUUCUAUACAUAGUUCUGAUAGCUGUAGACAUGACAAUAAGUCCGGCUAAUAAGAUUUUUACAACCACAGGUGAUUGACAUCGAUAUCAAUGAUUAAAGUACAUGGGUUUACCGACAUAUUAACAUAUUUGCAGAGAUAGUUUAGAUGCUAAUUUGAUUAGGAAGUGACUAUGAUCAUAUCACUUGGAUUGUUUGGAUCUUAUUAUAAAUCAAGUUAAUGUACUGUAUCCGUUUGAUAGGUGUGAUACACAAUGUAUACACAUAGCAGACGUGAUCAUCUCAAAUUAAGAAAUUGUUGGCUUUCUUUAUAGAAUACCUUUCAAAUAAAUAUUUAAAAUUUAAAUAGAUAAUUUACAUAACGCUAUCAUAUGAAAGCUUUCAAUUACAAUUACAUCAUUUUAAGUAAAUUUAUCAAUCAAAAUUUCAACUCUACUUGUCAUACAUGAUUAUAAUUAUAAGCUUAAAGUGAUAUAAAUUCCAUUGCUACUGGCACCUUAAGUUGAAAUCCAAUUAAUAUUUUGCUUGCUAUAUGUGUUUUACUUGGGAUAUUUCAGUUUAACCUGACUAUGUACAACCAGUACAAUAAAAUCCCAUGCGUUCUGAUAAGGUUUUGUCUAAACUUGUAAUGUACUGUUAAGUCUUUCACAAUAGAAAUGAACGUAUAUUCACAUAGAACCCAGAUAAAAUACUGAACAAUAUCUUUUUUUUAAAUCCUAAUUUGAAUAACCCGGUUCUGAUUGAUUCUGAAUAUAAAUCGAAUCGCUUGUA